AUGAAUGUGACCAAAAAUGUCAAAUUUGAGAAGGAAGCAAAUGAGGAUAAAGCUUCUACAAGCCAGGCGAUGGCUACAGAAGACCCCCAAGACAUAACAAAAAUAGCUCUAACUUUAGCCAAGGAUGCCAUCACUGCUGCUGUCAAAUCUGCAGAAGAAGCUGAAAACCCUGUCAAAAAUAUCGACUGGAUCACCCAUGGUGAAUUCACAGAAGAAAAGGGCCGUCAACAAGUUGAGGAGUUUGUUUUGAACUGGGAGUAUCAAGACCGCUGGGAGCACUACACAGAGUUUUUAAGGAAGGAAGAUGCGUUUCACAGCUUCUACUACAUCUACUGUGUACGGUGGAGCAUCCCAACUGCUCGGAGACCCAUAGCCCAAAUCACCGCCAGUGUGUACUUCACCAUCAAGGUCAACAAAAACAAACCUCUGAACAACAUUCUCUCCUAG